AUGUGCGCCACACUCCAGCGACAAAUGGAUGGUGAUGGUUGAGUUUCUCAGUGAGCUGCACUGAAAUUCUCCUCUUUCCCUCCUUCCUUGUCUCAACUGAAGUUCAAGUGACUUUUAUUUGUGUGUGUGCAUGAACACACAUCUUCUGAGUCUUUUUUCUGACAGCGAGUGGAUGAGCAGAUGCCUUGAAAGAGCCUAGGAUAAGGAGUAGGCUUUGGUUGGAAGUGGACCAAUCACAGGCUCCGUAUUUUCCUGCUCAUCUCCCAAUGGCCUUCACAUUUCCCUGAUAGGGAAAUUGAGUCACACCCUCCGCACCCGAUCCACACCCUUAGGCCCCUUGAGCCAUGGAGGCCAUGGAUGUCCCUGUGGGGAACCUCAUUGACUUUGACUCCGAACCUUCCACCACCGACACCUCCGAAUCCGUCCCUGCCGCUCCUCCCUCCACCAAUGGCAACGGGCUGCUGGAUCACCUGGCGGGCGACACGGCCACAGUGGCGGAAGAGAGCGACGCGACGGAAUCUGCCGACAGCGAGAACGACACGACGGACUCGCCCACCCAUCACAGUUGGAACAACCACCGCCGCUCCUCCUCGGAGUCCUACUCAUCUAACCAGAGCACAGAGUCCGCCAAGGACGAAGUGACAGCAGAGCAGCGGGAGUUCAUCAGGCAGUACGUAGAGAAGAUCUUCACGGGAGGAGAGGAAUUUGACCAAGAGGAGAAAGCCAAGUUUGGAGAACUCUGCAGUGGGGAGAAUGCAAAAGGCAGGGAAUGGUUUGCCAGAUACGUGAGCGCUCAGCGCUGCAAUUCCAAGUGUGUCUCGGAGCAGACUUUCUAUCGACUGGUGCAGUCCUUUGCUGUGGUCCUCUUUGAGUGUUACCAGAUGGAUGAUUUCAGCCCUGCUAAGAACCUGAUGACCAUGUGCUUUACUUAUUACUAUAUUGGUAAGCCCCAAGCGCUGCCCAUCGAGUCCAAGGAGAAGCCCACCGGCAGCAUUGACUCCUACCUGAAGUCCGCAAACAGCUGGCUGGCCGAGAAGAAGGACAUUGCGGAGCGGCUCCUGAAGAACACGUCGGCGAAGACGGAGAACGUGAAAGGCUUCUUUGGGAGCUUUGAAAGCAAGCUAAAGGGGCCCGGGCCCAAGAAAGCUGAGGAUGAUGAAGGCAAACCAAGAGAGAGAAUCCACAAAUCAGUUUCUCUGUACAGUCCUGAGGAGGAGGAAGAAAAAACAGGAGAGAAGAUCUACCUGUACAUGCACUUGAAGCAACAGCCCAUCUGGCAUACUCUGAGGUUUUGGAAUGCGGCUUUCUUCGACGCGGUUCACUGUGAGAGGCGGAAACGGUCUCCCACCACUAGAGGGAAUGCUGGAGAGGAAGAGGAAACGAGGGAGAAAUGGUGUCACAUGACCCAAGAGGAGCGAGACGAUAGUCUGAGGUUUAAUGAGAAUAUCACCUUUGGACAGUUGGGUACUUUCACUCACAACAUGUUGGCUUUUGGGCUGAACAAGAAGCUCUGCAACGACUUCUUGAAGAAGCAGGCAGUGAUUGGCAACCUGGAUGAAGAGCAGUACAAGCUGCUUAGCGAUCACAUCGAACAAAUGGCUGCAGAAUAGCACCGUGACCUGCCUCCUGCAUUCAGGAACUAAUAGAGAAGAAGCCAGUGGGGAUGCAAGGGUGGAAAAAAGCCUGUCUCUGAGACUACCUGCAAUAUAAAAGAUGGGCUUUUCAAAAAAGCAAAAACUAUACCCAACUGACACUGCGUUAAACCUGCAUGAUCGUCUUCUAACCACCUAGAGCUGCAUCGCGCAGCCCGUUAUAAACGUAGGAGCUCAGCAAUCAAAGCUGCCUGCCCUCUUCCGCUGCCACCUCCCCAUAUGCCUUUUUCACCCGGAUUGUGACUGAAUGGAGACCUCUUGGGGGAAUCUUCUGGGUAUGAGGCAGAGUGCAAGUCAGCACGGGAGAGUCUAGCGUGCUUGUAAAGGAGGAAGGCUGAGCUUUGGAAUAGCCUCUCCCCUCUCUGCUUUCUGCUGAUGAAUUUUUUUCUUUUAGCAUCGAAAGUUUACAGAGCAUAAAAGAUAGGUGUGUGCGUGUGCAAGGGAUGCAGAAAGGGGUGGGUGGGAGGGAAGAUAGACACCCUAGUUCCAAUUAUUACUCUAGAAGACCCCUAAAGUGAAUACCAGGAGUUCUGUAGGCCGGGAGGCCAGAUGCAAAUCUUCUUGAUGGGGGUUAUUUUUAAGAAGAUGGGCAGGAAAUGGGUGGUUGGGUCAGUGAUUCUGUAUUAGGCUGGAACAGAAGGCCUAGAUCCCCACCACACCACCUUUACAGUUUUUACAAGUUCUUUCCUGCAGUAUCUUUUGGUGCAGGUUGCUCUGAUCCAGCAAGUAACGUUUUGCUAGGUGUUUUCUGUUUCCCUGGUAGCUGCUCCAUCUGAAAGCGACUGAAUGUUGCGUUCUGAGGCCAAAGGAAAGGACUGGACCCUGAUUAAAAUAAUACACGAGGCUUGACCGGCAAGGGAAAGCAAUUUGAAAGCCCACUACUUCAAAUGGUCUGAUAGAUCUGCUUUCCUGAAUGGUCAAGGGGAGGGAACAUUCUGGUGUACGCAGCAGCAUAUCUGGCUGGGCUUUGAGCGUGAGCCUUUUGGAGUCUAGGUGUGAUCAAAGCGAAGCCCACAGAAGGAAGCUGCCAAUGCAGACUCUCUCCAGCUGCUCAAGUUUUUGUUAAAUGAAAGAUUAUCAGCAGAGGUGGUAAAUCUUCAGGGUAGCAAGCCUCUUCAGCUUCUGAUUUUGAGAAGAUUGCUCGGAGCCAGCUGUUGCAGUGUUUAUGGAACUCCAACAACCUGUUCGCCAUCUUUUAAAACAACACCAACCAUGAGUCAAUGUCUUUGUGUGAUUCUUGCCAGUGAUGUGGUCUUGGGGGUUGUGAUUCUGUAUCUCACCAAAAUAUCUGGGUUGCAACGAUUGUUCAGAGGAUUCAAUGAGUUGCAUUUUCAGUACUUGACCAAUGUUCACAAGGUUACUUUGACACCAGUUUGUGGUGUUGAAUGAGCCCAGACAUGGCAAGGUUGUGUGAACAUGCCAUCGGAUGCACUCUUCCACUAUUUUCAAGAGCCAGCUUUGGGCACUGGUGCACUGAAGUCUAACAAUCCUGAGCUAACAGUAGCUUAUUAUUCCUUGGUAAAUCUGUUGUUUCUAUAUGGCUAUUGGGAUGCAUCCACAUCACUCACUUGUAAACCAUUUCUGCUCUUUUGGCUUACACUGAAGAAGUUUGGGAGUUGUAGGUCUAUUGAGAGAGUUUAGUCUUUUCUGUUACGAGACCUCUACCACCUUUUACAGGACUACAGUCCUGUAUUGGUUUACGUUUCUGGUGUCAAUGCAUCCUCGGUUGCCUUGCUGAAAAUUGCAGUGCAUUGCUUCGGUGUUUUCCAGCAGCUAAAAGUCACCUAACUAAACUUCUGCAGAUUUGGUUUUCAAGUCCCUGCAGUUUCCUUUGAGUCCAGGAGAGGGUGCCAGGGAGCAGGUUUUGGGACAGAUUUCUUUCUUUUUCGUGUUUGGUUUUGUUUCAUUCUUUGCCAUUUGCUUGAUUCUGGUUAGUAGGUGUGAUUGAAUCAAUGAGCUUUGAUUAGCCAGAGUGAGUUUCUGCAAAGAAUAAAUGAAAACCGAUACAGGGAUCUUGCCCUGCCGCAUUUCCAGUGGCUAACCACCCCCUGCUGCAGCAGGUUCUGAAGCAAAACUGCUUGUCACACCUUGAAGUUACGAGAGAAGCAGCUUCUCAAAAUUUCUCCCCAUUGUGCUGUUGUUGAAGGCACAUGAGCACCUUUCCAGGAUAAGCACCAGCCAUUCUAGAUUUGACAAAGAAGGGAAAAUCCCUUCAUCCCCAUCUCAGGACCUUUUCGAGAACUUGUCAGGAACUUCUCCCUAGAAAAGCCAUCCUGCAAGAGAAUAAGAUUAAUGCUGCCUCUCAGGGAGCCACUUUUUUCCUGUUGCAAAGCAAUGUUUAUUUAAUUCUCACAUUUUAGCUGGUCAUAUUUUUGCAUAACAUGUUUAUUUAAUUCUCACAUUUUAGCUGGUCAUAUUUUUGCAUAACAUGUUUAUUUAAUUCUCACAUCUUAGCUGGUCAUAUUUUUGCAUAACAUGCAGUCCUUUUGGGACUGGGUGUUCUCAGACAUGCAUUCCUUUUGGGACUGGGUGUUCUCAGACCCUUAAUGUGUUCCAGAGUCAGGUUUAAAUAUUUUAUCUGAGCCUUGGCAUCUCUCCACUUCAGGUUUUGAGACUCUCAAGUCUAUCCCUGUCAAGCUUUUGUUGGACUACAACUCCCAUCAGCCCCAGACAGUAUUGCUAACGGUCAGAGAUGUUGGUUGUUGUAGUCCAGCAAUAUCCGGAGGGCUUCAUGUUGGGGGAAGGCUGGGUUGGCCUUAGACCAGGGACAUCUGAGUUUGAAUCCCCACACAAAGCUUAUUGGGUGGGUUACUUGAUCUCCCUUGGAGGCCACCCCAUCAUUUCAAGCCACUCUGGGAAUUUCUGAGGCAAGGCAGAGUUCACAUUUGGGGAGGGGAGGUGGUACCCCCUGAAAGAGGCUCAGUUUGGCCUAGGAACUCUCACUGCUAACCACCAGAGUGUGCCAACUCUGUGCCAUGUGAAAGUAACUGCCUGUAGUUCCUUUUUAAUGCCAUCCCCAAAGCCAAGGUUAGCCAGCAUGACAUACCCUGAUGUUUUGGACUUAAAUACUCAUCAUCUUCUACCACUGGCCAUGUUGCCAGGGGCUGAUGGGAGUUGUAGUUCCAUGCCGGCUACCCUUGAUGGAACCUUAAAGGGCAGGGCAGAUACAGAACUUCUAGGAUGGCAUAUUAAAUGUAGCUGUAUAACCACUCCGUGUGUACCUUUCUUAACACUGCAGUUCAUUAUGUCUGCAGUGUAAUGUUUCCUACCAAACAUGAGAUUUAAAAGAUUUGAUACCCAAGAAAGGAAAAUAUACUCUUUUUGCCCUUUUGGAUUGUGGUGUUUUCUAACUUGCAGCAUUGAAAAAAAGAAAGCGGCACUUGGCAGAGAGGACAAAAUUUUCUGUGGCCCACCUCCUGCCUCUUCAGCUGCCAUCCGGCCCAUGAUGCAAGCAACAUUUUUGGGUUCCAAACAAGGCUUUUGAUGCCAGUGCCUAAUGGGAUGGACUAUGCUUUGACCCUGCACUUGCUAUAUCUCAGAUGGGCCUUCUCUAAUGCAAUGGUAUUUGAAGGCAUCCAGUAAGUGAUACAUGACCUUAAUUUAGCAAAUACCACAUUAUCACAUUCCAACUGCAUUCGGUCCUUUUGCCAUAUCAUCCUAAGUAACUUUGUGGUUUUUUUUUAAAAAAAUGUAGGCUUCAAAGCUAAAAAUGCACCUUGAUAAUGGGUAGCCAACAUGAUGCUUUGCAAAUGUUGGACUCCAGCUCUCAUCCACGUCAGCCAUCACCAUGGCAAGUGGUCCAGAAUGAUGGGAGUUGCAGCCCAACACAUGCAAGGCUCCUCAGUGGCUACGUCUGCUGUAUACUCAUUCUGCCACAUCUUAGUUUUUGAAUGUAUUGAUCCAGUGAGUAAAGACUCCCGCAUCUGGAAGGACCUCUGCUGACUUGAAUGUCCGCAAUGCCUGUGGUGAGGCUGUUUCCUCCUCCUCCUCCUCCUUUUGCUUGUUAAAGUUUUCCUCCAUUUUGCCUAUGGUGAAAAGUUGGUGUGGCUCUUCCACCACAAGCUGGCUUCUGAUUGGUGGAUACAGUUGAAAGCAUUCAAGAAGCAUGUUGAGCAAUAACAUUCCAGGUGUGGCUGCCUGUUGCUUCACCUUGGUUGCUUCCCAAUGAGCAAAACCCUGCAGUAGUGUAAUUUUCUCCCUUUGCAGAUAGGACAAGUGAGAAUCGACUCUCUUGGACAAUCGGCCUGUGUUUUACGGUGGCUUUUGCCUGGGUUUCUUCCUGACUCCUAAACGGACGUUAAGGCCACAUUGAGGGAAACACUGUUCAUCUGUCCACCUAGUGAAGACUGCAGAACCAUGUUAAUCUUUUUCUAUGCAUAUCGUCAUGUGGCAUUUAUACUUCAAUCCUUCAGGGCGCUUGUACAAAAGUGCUACUGUGAAUCUUAGACCCCACCCCCGCAUUAUGCUGUUGAAUUUGGACUCUGUGGAUGUAGGGGAGAAAUGGAAACUGGAACCACAACCUUUGUUCCAAGGUGGGUAACUGGUGUGAACGCUGUGUAUAUGAAGCUGGGGCAUUUCCUGCAUGGACUGCCAGAUUAGAGAUGAUAGCUGAGUCAAAACAGCUUUUGCUGUUAUGGAAGUGAAGGGAUAAGGCUUGAGGGUUUUUUCCAUUGUACUUCCAAUGAGAAGUGAUUUUAUUGUCUGGCAUUGAAAGAGGGACAUCUCAGCAACAACAGACCUGUUGUCCUUUUCCUGCUGCUAAAGUUUCGUUAAUAAUGUGAAACUCCAAGGGGGGCGUCUUUCCUCUCUUUGUAUGUCUCUUGCCUUGUCCGCUCCCACCCCGAGUACAGCUCUGAUGAUUCUCAUCCAACACUAGAAAUAUCUAGCUGUGUAGGCUCUUUUUGUUAAGCAAUCUCUAGAAGCCUCAUAUAAUAUCGAUGUAAACGGACCAUUUCAGUGUCUCAUUUCCAUAUAGCUAAUUCUGAGAUUCAUUGGGAGUUCAAAAUUCUGUAUUUGACUUUUGACAUAUAUAUAGAUACAUAUAUAUAUGAUGAGAUAUAUUCACCCAAGUUCUCUUGUUUUGUAUUUAAAGUGCUGCCAUGUUCUGAUGUGUUGGGUACAACUGUUGUACUGACUGACAUGUUGUACUGCGAUUGUGCAAUUUAGUAUCCUUUGUGGAAUACUGCUGUUUUUAAACUCAUGUAUUGAAAGCAUUUCAAGUCCUGGUUAUGAAUGGAUUGGGGAAGUGAAAUAAAACUUGUGGGUUUUUUUAAACCCCUACACUGAA